CGGUUACUAAGACGAACAUUUGAAAUAAAUGAUCGCAAAACCAUACCCAAAAUCCGCGGUAUCAUCUUCAAUCCAAGAACCUAAGCAACCGCGUAUUCCAUAAUUCCUCUGCAAUUUCCCCUUUCCUUCCUCUUUGUUCCCCUGUUUUCAUUUUAAAUCCCACCCAGAUUCUCAUCGGAUAAGCAUCACAACUCGCUUUUCCUGCCACCGUUUCAGAUUUCAUCCUUGAAAGAGAGAUCCCAGAUUCGAAUCCUUCCCUGAUUCAAUUUUAUUACCCAUUUCCUCUCUUUUUUGGCCAUCAAUGGCGUCUUUCUUUGGUAGAUUCACUUCCUAUUCCAAUUCCAAUUCCCAUUCCCAUUCCCAUGCCCCAUCGGCGCCAUCAGCACCGUCCGAACCGGAAACCUACGGCCAUGGCAAUUCUCACGGGACAGCUUCGCCGUAUUACUCCCAACAGCACCAGCCGCAGCCUUAUGGGUCUAAUUAUGGUGGGGUUUCUUCAUAUGGGUCUUAUGGCUUUCCGCCAGGGACAAGCCCUGAGGUGAUUAGGAGCUUUCAAAUGGUGGAUAAGGAUCGAAGUGGAUUCAUCGAUGAGAAUGAAUUGCAGGAAGCCCUUUCUUCUGGCUACCAGAGGUUUAGUCUUAGAACCGUUCGUUUGCUCAUUUUCUUGUUCCGAAAUCCGAUCGAUUCCUCCAGAAUGGGGCCUAAUGAGUUUACAGCUUUGUGGAACUGUCUUGGCCAAUGGCGUGGCACCUUUGAGAGGUAUGAUAGAGAUAGAAGUGGGAGAAUUGAUGCACUGGAAAUGAGGGAUGCACUCUAUGGUCUUGGCUAUGCAGUUCCUUCUUCAGUCCUUCAACUUCUAAUUUCACUAUACGAUGAUCGAAGUGGUCGUCGAGUUGAAUAUAAUUUCGACAGUUUUGUCGAGUGUGGCAUGAUAGUAAAGGGGUUGACCGAGAAAUUCAAGGAGAAGGAUAAGCAUUACACGGGUUCGGCAACGCUUACAUACGAAGAUUUCAUGUCAACUAUCCUCCCAUUUCUUGUGUCAUACAGUUGAAGCCCUCAAAGGUGAUGAAUAUAUAUGUCUUUAUGGCUUGAAUUAUGUGUAGUAUCAUCUCUUCAUUUGUUGUUUACUUGAAAUGGUAGAAGCUGUACAUUCAGGGAAGCUGCUGUUUAUGUUGGCAUGAGAGAGCUUCCAUGUACACAUAUUAUAUUCCUUUCAUCUUUUUUGUUUCUUCUGUUUUGAUUCUGCUGAUUAGAAUUUUUUAUUUGUUGGUUUGUUUAGAUUAUUUGUGACUGAUUUUAAUAAAGUUUUGGAGCUUGUACAAGAAUAUGAAGGAGUGUAUUGCUAUGGUUGGUUUAUUUGA